AUGCAGGGAUUGCCGCCCCUCUUCCCUCCGCCGGUUGACUCAGGUCCACCGAUUUUGCCAUCCAUCCCCGUCCAUCGUCUUCCACCACCAUAUUUAUUCCGUCCCAUUGUCCACUUCAGCCCGCCGAACCAGGACCUUCCAAAAACUGACGCAACAAAAAACCCAAGGGUCCUGAACUUCGACUCAAACAAACCUCAAAACCGUAACUCCACCACAAAACACCGACCAAAGCAAAAGAACAAAAUCACUUGUUCUUUUUUUUUAUUCGCCCGCACAAGCAGAAUCAACACAUCUUCACACAACCACACACACGACACCGCCAAAAUGGAUGACUGGGACAACGUCACUAAGAUCGGCUCCAAGGCCCGUAGCGGAGCGUCGCAGAGAGAGACCGUCAUCAAGGGAAAGAGUGCUCUCAACGCUGCCCAGCGCAGCGGUUCCGUUAUUGGCACCGAGAAGAAGUACGCCGCAGGCAAUGCUUCCUCUAGACCUGGUGUCGAGGGCCAGCGCCUGACAAAGGUUGACCGCUCCGACGACAUCAUCAAGCCCAACACCGUCGGUAAGGAGGUCGGCGAUGCCAUCUCCCAGGCGCGCCAGAAGAUGGAGCCCAAGAUGACCCAGAAGGACCUCGCUACCAAGUGCAACACCACCCAGUCCGUCGUUGCCGAGUUCGAGCGUGGCGCCGCCGCCCCUGACCAGAAGGUUCUCUCCGCCAUGGAGCGUGUCCUCAACGUCAAGCUGAGGGGUAGCGACAUUGGCGCCCCUCGCUUUGCUAAGAAGAAAUAA